CCUCUCUCUCAACCUAAUUCCAUACUCACUCAACCGUCUCCAGACUUCACCCGCCAACCGCAAACUUUCGCCAGAUCCCAAACCCCCGACCAAAACUCUCAUCAACCAUGGCCGAAUACUAUCAGCCCGACGGCAUGACCUUGGUCAUCACCCCCCAGGCUACCGCCGCCCCGGUCGCCCCGCGAGCCGCCGCUCCCGAGCCGGCCGCUUCCGGCGGCGCCAGCGGCUCUGGCCCGGUGUCCGCCCGGCCCGCGGACCGCGGCAGCAACAACAAGUACUUUUGCUGCAACGGCCAGCACUACUGCAAGCUGGAAGACUUCACCCAGACCCAGCGCCUCAAGGGCUCCGGCAUCGGACGGAACUCCACCAUCUCGUGCCGCAGGCACACCAAGGGCAACAACAUCGAGCUCAAGUGCUUGGGCUAUUGCGAGCGCGUCCUCCCCAUCACGUCCUUCUCCAAGUCUCAGAGAAGCGCCAAUGGUGGUCAGAGAUGCUUGCAGUGCAUCGAGUACCAGCUCAGCCUCGAGCCGGGCCGCAUACCGCUGCCCCCUCCGGGAAAGCACCAGCGCGAGUACCAGGAGGAGAUUUCCGACAACAUCAACCAGCAAGUCAUCCCCAACCCGAGGGAGGACGAGAGCACAACGGGUGCCCCCACCACGUCCGCCGCGAGCACCGCCGGCCCGACCGAUGGCGACGACGCCAGCACCAUCAUCUCCCGGGCCACCUCGUCGGCCAGCAGGGCCAGCGGCUGGACCAAGGUCUCGUCGCGCAAGACGCCGUUCGCCGUCCCGGCCUAUCUAGGCCGCCGCGCCGACCUUGACGAGGAGGCGUACUGGACGGACGGCUCCGACGACGAGUGCUAGGCUGGCUACCCCCUCCCGCAACUGCUUUCUACUGGCAUUUGGGUUUGGCAUGAAUACACAUGGACAUGGGCCUGGGAUAGUCUAGGGGGUGCGAUGGGGGACCGAUGGAUAGCUGUUUUGGUGCAGUGGUUUUUUAUCAACGAGCAGGUAGUGGGCAUGAGAUUGAGGACAUCGAUGGCUAGGUUGGCGUUAAUGAGCUAGGGCGUGGUGGAAUAUGGGCACGAAAUCGUUUUGCAUUUUGAUCAUAGACAUGAAGCGUUGCUAGGUAGGCGAUCGAUAGGACACGAAUAACAC